AUGCCAUUCUUUCUGCCGCCGGGCACGAAACACAAACGCUGGCCUCAUUAUGCCUCCCUCGUGGCCUGCCAGAAAAAUGUGGCAAAUGCCUUUGCGGCCUGGUGGGACCCGGACUGGCUUACACCCGAAGCCCAGCAGACACAAUCCCAAGAUUCGGACGAGAUGGAGAAGAAGUCCCAAAGAUCCCAGGUACAAACACCUAGGGAAGCCCAAGACAUCGGCACACUGCUCCAACGCACACCGAAACAUAGGGGAUUGGAGGGGGCAGAGACUGAGGCCUAUGAUCCUCAGGAGGAAGAAGGGGGGACGAGGAAGCCCUAG